AUGCGCCUCCCGCGGCCGCUCCCGGCCGUGCCCUUGCCUGUGCCCGUGCCCCUUCCCCUGCUCCUGGUCCUGCUCCCGCUCCUGCUCCCGCUCCGGCUCCCGGCCGCGCCGUCCCCCGCCCGGGGCUUCCCGCCCCCCGGGCCGCCCGCGCCCAACACCACUCGGGCCCGCGGCCCGCCCCCGCCCCCAACCGCCGCCGCGGCCGCCAACCGCACCGACGCCCUGCUCACCCGCAUUUCCAGUCUCCUGCGGGACCUGCCCACCCUCAAGGCGGCCGUCAUCGGGGCCUGCGCCUUCACCUCCUUCCUCAUCGCCUGCCUGCUGCUCCGGGUCUUCAGGUCUGGAAAGAGGAUAAAGAAAACCCGGAAAUAUGACAUCAUCACUACGCCGGCUGAGCGUGUAGAAAUGGCCCCUUUAAAUGAAGAGGAUGAUGAUGAGGAAGACUCAACAGUGUUUGAUGUCAAAUACAGUCUCUACAGAAACCCACUUUUCCACACUGAUCCUGUAAGCAAGGGGGCAUUUUCAAACUUCUGGCCUCUGAAGCUCUGUGCUGCUAUUAAAGGAGGGCCAAUAGGGAGGUGGAAAAUGACUCCUGCUGGAAUGACUCAUGGGAAAUGUGGAAUGAGGACAAGCAAAAUGAUCCUUUGAGGGAUUUGGGAAUAGGAAAGCCAGUGUGUCUUAGUGAAAGGGUUAGAAUUGGGUCUACAGUUUAUCCAGGCAUCGUGGAGAGUUUGACAUGAAAAACAAGAGAAAUGGGAGGCUAUUUCAACAUCAUUCCCCUCUCCUGUUAAAAAUGUUUUUGUCUUGCUUUAUCCUAAGAACACAAGGAUAAAGAACACAUUUGGCUUUAUAAAACUCAUUGCUUGAAGAGGCAGGAAAAAUCUGGAUGAGGUUUAGAAUUGCCAUUAGCCCUAUUUCAAAAUAUCCUCACUUGUAGCCCUGAGACAUGCGGCCUAGAGGGAAGACCUUGGGUCUGGAAUUCAGGAGACCUGGAUUCAGUUCUUAGAUGUGCCACACUACCUUCUGCAUGAUCACGUGCAAAUCAUUUAAGUUCUCUGUGCCUCAGUCUUGUCAUCUGCAAAAUCAGUAUCA